GAAAUAACACAAUAUGUUACUUAUGGUAAUAAUUCUAUCUCGCCUGGUCAAUACAAUGAUUGGUUUGAUAAAGCAGAUAAAGAAGGAGAUUCCAACGGCGAAUUUAAAAUUUGGUUGCUCGUUGUAUGCAGUUUAACGAUAUUAAAUCUUGUUUAUAAUUUGGUUUCAUUUAAAAAACAUUGGGAAAAGGGCUUUAGUGUUUGGGUCGAAAUUAUAUUUGCUGCGUUAUGGUUAUCGGCCGGAUUAUCGAACCUUGAUCCGGUAUUUAAAGGAACAAAUGAUUUAAAUUGUAAAUCACAUUCCAUGGAGAAUGAUCCACCGAAAAAAUUUAUAUGCAAUGUAUGGGUAACAAGCUUAAUUUUCGGAUGGCUUAUAUUUGGUACAUAUUUGAUAACCGCAUUUAUUAGUUGGCAAUUAAUAAAGGAAACUAAAGAAAAAACUAAAUGGAUUAAAAGGAGUUAUCCUAGAGAUUCAUAUAAUAGUAAUAAAAGUAAUGACAGAAAAUCAUUUUAUGUUUCUUCGGUACCACAACCAAUCAUAACUAUACAAAAUAAUUCUUCCGACGAAUUAGAAAAAGGUGGAGUACCUGAAUUAUUAUUACAAAGUGGUUUACCUGCUGAUCAUCGUAUGUCUCUCAAAGUUGUGUUACCUCAAAGUGGACCGUUCAGUCAGAGCAAUGAUUCUUCAUCAAAUCAACACAAUCAACACAAUCAUCAUCAACAACAGAAACAAGAUGAAAUUGGUGAUAAUUUGGCUUUUCCUUUGCCCCCUACUAAAUUAGUUAAUGGCUCUACCUUAACUUUGCCUGAUGUAACUGAUGUUGAACAAAAUGAAACUUUUAAUCCAAAUCAAUUAAUUAUACCUUCAAAAAAAUCAGCUGAAGUGUCUUCAUUACAUGAAGUUCCUCUUUAAGCUAUAUUAUUUGGUUUAUAAUAUUUUUAAUUUUAGAGAUAUAGAAAAAAAAAAUAAUUUUUAAUUUCCUUUACGACCGUGGGCUUAAAUCCCUACAAAAAAAACAAAAAACUAAAAAAAAAAAAUCUUAGAAUUUCAUUUAGAUUUAAAAAAAAAAAAAUCAUAAUAAUAUUACGGUAGGGGAUCAUUUCACAAAUAAAACGGUCAUCGUCGCGCUAAUCACAAAUUUUUUUUUUUUCUGUAAAUGUUUAUAAGUUUAAUUUAUUUUCUCAUCUUUUCUUUUUUCCAUUCCGUAAUAUAUAGAGGUUGUAAGCUUUUUUUUCUAUUAUCUUUUUCAUUAAAUCUUUUUUUUCAUUUUGAUUUUUGAAUUUUAA